GUGGAGGUGUAACUGGAAUCCAUUUUGGCUCAACUGCAGCCGCCUGCAGCGUUAACGCUGCGCGCGUUUGAGCCCGAAUGAACGUUCUAGUACUCCAGUUUCACAUUAGUGAUUCCUGUUCUCCAGACAAGAGUUGCUAGGAUGCAAACAUCAUUAUAAGCUCUACCGACCCCUAUCUGACACACAACGCACAGUACUCAAUCUCAACCUACUUUUAAUACAAGAAAAGACGCGAUAUGUUCACCAGCACCCAGACAAACGAUUAAAAUUACCACGAUGUUAAUUUAUCUAUUCGCUUGUUUAUAAAUAUAAAACAUGAUAUAAUGGCGUCGGAGUGCACGCAAGAAUCCGUUCUGGACUUUCUAUUGGAAAAUGGGGGGCGAGUGAAAAACAAGGACUUGAUAGCGCAUUUUAAAGUCUUUCUGAGCAGUGAAAAUACGAAGCGAGCCGUGUUAAAAGAGAGGUUUAAGCGUUUUGUGGACAAUAUCGCGUAUGUGAAGCAGGAAAACGGGGAGAAAGUGGUAUGUUUGAAGAAGAAGUACAGAUACCCGGAGAUGCGGAGCGGGCGCGCGCAGGAUGAGAAGCCCGAUGAUGAGGAGAAGGAGGAUGAUGAAGACGUCAAGAGAGGAUUAGAUGCAUUGCAGAUCGAAGAGAACGGGAAUGUCAAGGCAGAAAUCGAUGGAAAACAUGAUCUGAAUCAAAAAUCCGAGGAGAAAGCAGACGCUGUGAGAGAUGCUGAAUGUGAGGAGGUGUGUGUGUCAGACAUCGCGCUGAUCGAGAAAGACAGUUCUGCACUUUCUCACUGUAAUCUCCCAGAGGUCUCGCUUGAAAAUGUGCCUGGAAAUUAUGUCGAAUCAAAUGUUCCCGAGCUUUCCAAUGCCCAGUCAACCGGACAGCCGGAAUCUAGGGCACGAGAACUGGAGUUGGAGGCUCCACUUGGCAAAGCUUCUGUCACAUCACAGGUCAUCAUUAGUAGAAGGAGAACAUCGAGGGGAUCUCAGCGCAGUUUGCUGGGCUCUUCUGAGGAUGGAGCACAUGAUGGGCAGUCUGAGGAGGGCAGCACCCCAAAAGGCAGCCGCAAGAACUUCAUAGAGCUCAUGAUGAGCAGUUCUCCACAGGUGAGACGCUCACUGGUGCAUCGCAGCUGCUCAGGGCACAUAUCAGCCAGAAACAGUGACUUUAGAUCGUCCUCUGUGGAAGAGGAUUGUGCUUCGGUAACCUUAGACCCGCUGGAGCACGAGUGGAUGAUGUGCUCAGCAGAUGGCGAAUGGGACAGUCUCCAGCGUCUGCUCGUCUGUGAACCGACACUCAUCUCCAAGAAGGACUUUGUCACCGGUUUCACGUGUCUACACUGGGCGGCCAAGCAAGGCAAACACGAGCUCUUCGCAAUGCUGAUGGAUUUUGCCAAGCGGCACAACGUCACCAUCAACGUAAACUCACGCUCCAGCGCCGGCUACACACCUCUGCACCUGGCGGCCAUGCACAAUCACAUAGAGAUCAUGAAGCUGCUGGUGGGCGCUUAUGAUGCUGAUGUGGAUGUGAGGGAUUACAGCGGGAAGAAAGCGUCUCAGUACCUGCGAGCCACCGUCACGGGGGACAUUAAAGACAUUAUAGGGGCUUGUGCCAACUUGGACACAGAGAAUGCGCCCGGAGCCGGCCGAUGGAAGCUUCCCAAAGUCCUUCCAUCCAACCUAAACCCUCUUCGGCUGCUGAACCACCCUGAGGAGAUGGCCGGCGACGGUCAGUCCAAACCCAGAUCUUUGUAUCGGAAGUCUUCCAUCGGCCGGAUCAGGCUGCAGAGGAACCGCUUCAAGACGCAGAUCGUCCACAGCACUUCAUUCAGGGAGAACGAGGAAGGAGAUGAUUCGCUCAAGAGCCCCGUCAAAUCCAGACCCAUAUCAAAUCUCUUCGGAUGAGAUGGAAGUUGUUAUAAUAUAUAUUAGAAGCAUAUGCAAAGACAUUAUUACUUUAGGAUCAGCUGAGCUGCCUGUUUACAUCUGAUUUAGAUGUUUCAGUAACACUUUACUUAAAGCCUUUAUGUAUAAAGGUAUUCAUAAUGUGCAUUAUAAUCUUUUCAUAAAUAAUUGUAACCAAAGUUAAAAUGCAUUACAAUAUUUCCAGAUUGCUUUUUACA